UUCUUUGCCUUACCCGAUUUUGACCCGAUUCACCAUGUCGUCGGGAAUCCAGACGAUUCGUUUUCGUCGCCCGCAGCAAGAGGAUAAGCAGAAAUCUAAACCAAGAGUCGACGUACAUUCUGGCAUCCUGCAGGAUAAAGUUCGAAGGACUGCAAAGCCUCCAUGGAGUCCUAGUUUUAGCAUCGCGUUUCGGAUCCUCAUUCUCAUGCGUGUAACGGGUGCCAUGUACUCCAACAUUGAUGACUGCGAUGAAGUCUAUAACUUCUGGGAACCUCUUCAUCUUCUAGACCAGGGUCAUGGCUUUCAAACAUGGGAAGUCUCUCCGAAAUACGCCAUUCGUAGCUGGGCAUAUAUCCUCUUGCACUAUCUUCCUACCCAAGUAGCCCGUUUUCUCUCGAGCAACCAAAAAAGAGUCGCAUUUUUUGCGGUCAGGAUGUUUCUAGCGUUGAUCUGCACCUUAACGGAAUGUUUCUUCUAUCGUAAAGUAUAUGAAAAAGUCAACCACCGUGUUGGAAGGUAUCUAUUCUUCAUCCUGCUUUUCAACGCCGGUAUGUGGAAUGCCUCAUCAGCGUUCUUACCCUCUUCUUUUGCCAUGUACACCACGACCUUGGCUUCCGCAUACGCAAUUGAACCGGCAAGCAUUCGCAACAAUCAACGUUCUCUCUUUGCCACCAUAUUCUUCGCAACAGGAGCUAUUGUAGGAUGGCCUUUUGCCUUGGCAUUGGCACUCCCUUUUGUGCUUGAAGAGCUUUUUGUUCUUAGCGGAGAUCAAGUCUUCCCUGCUUCUCGAAGCACAUGGAUGCUUUCUCGGUGGAAACGCCUUUUCGGUGCUGGUUUGCUUGCAGCUUUGAUCUUCAUACCCGUUGUUGGGAUUGAUACUUUGGCUUAUGGAAAAUUUACAGUUGUUCCAUAUAACAUAAUCGAUUACAACAUCUUCUCUACCUCAGGUCGCGGUCCUGACCUCUACGGAACUGCCCCGCCGAGUUUCUAUAUCCUUAAUCUAAUGUUAAACUUCAAUGUUGUCCUUCCAUUCGCACUGUUUGCUCUGCCUGCUUUAGCGAUCACAUAUCUCGCUGAUAGAGGGAGGCUAGGCGUUGUCAAGGUUCUGGCGAAUGAAAGUUCGCCGUUCGUGGUGCUGGGAUUGCGGUUGACACCCUUUUACGUCUGGCUUUGGAUAUUGACUAUCCAGGCGCAUAAGGAGGAAAGGUUCAUGUUCCCAGCAUACCCCCUGCUGGCCUUCAAUGCCGCCGUGACUCUCUAUCUCAUUCGUGGAUGGAUGGAGACUGUCUUUAUUCAAGUGACCAAGUCUCCCUAUCGGGCCUCACGCACGACGAUUUUCAGCACUUUCACGGCAUCUGUGUUGAUUACGACGUCGGUCAUCUCUGUUUCUAGAAUUCUAGCCAACUGGAACUACUACCAUACUCCACUUUCUAUCUUCCAUCACUUGGAAUCCACCGAGCUUCCCUGGCUCCUUAAUACCACUGGCCUUCUUCCACCGCUACCCUCGACGCUCAGCCAUCGCCCUGAGGACUACGUCGUCGAUCUCGCACCCAUAAAGGAAUUCAAUUUGACGGUAUGCAUUGGAAAAGAAUGGUAUAGAUUUCCAGGACACUUCCUUGUUCCGAAUGGUGUCAAGGUUGAAUUCAUUCAACACGAUUUCCAUGGCUUACUUCCGGGGCAUUUCCCGGAACCAAGCGGUGCUCCUCCAACACGAUGGUGGCCGAGACCACAAACGAGGAUUCAGCCUGAAGGACUCAAUGACCUGAAUAUGGAAGAACCAUCACACUAUGUUCCGGUGGAAUCGUGCACACACUUAAUCGACCUUGAUUUCCCUGAGAAUCCCAUCGAAUCCCCUCUUGAACCCCGAUACACAAUCCAAACCGAAACAUGGGAACGAGCAAAAUGCCUACCUUUCCUUGAUGCGAGGCGUUCGCCGCUGUUGACAAGAGUGUUAUGGGCUCCCGGAGAGCGUUGGCGGAAUGCUAAUUCAUGGGGAGACUAUUGCCUAUUGCGAAACAAGAAACUUGUGGAACAGAGAAUACGGUGGGUAGCUCAGGGACGGUAGUCAGAUUCAAAUCUGAGGUAGUAAUGUUUCGGUCCGAACCUGGAUGAACGGAUCGAUAUAACAGCGGAACGCGCCAGUGGCGCCGUCAAACAGAACGUUGAUAGAAUAUAAAUGCUGACUGAUUCCAUAUACUUAACGAUCUCCAAUUACCAUGAACAAUCUACGUGUCGAAAUUGGUCCUAGUCACAAAAAAAGGCUAUUUCAUCGCUCGAAUACUGCUCUCGUUUCAAAAUGGGAGCCGGGGUCUCCUUGCGUGAAAAAGGAAAGAGUUGGUGAUGGGCUCGGAUCAAGGUGUACCUAACGAAAAGAUAUGUAGUCAAUAACCUUCUUCGAUGUCCUCUACUUCCUCACAUUGGGGUUCCUCUCCCCCUUAUUAAUACGACAUACGUACCAGAAAUCGUAGCUGACUUCCAAAUGAACCUUUCAUGUAAUACUAG